CGCCGCCCCUGCGAGAGGACGUUGCGUGCUCGCUCGCGCCAGGCGAGUCUCCGCGUCUUGCCUCGCGAACUCGGUGAAAGGAAUUGGCGCCGUUCGACACCAGGCGGGUCCGCUCUGCAGCAGCCCUCAGCCCUCUCCAGCCGCAGCCGCCGCCCGGGCCGACCAGCAGCCGCCGCCAGAGGCCGAGGGAGCCAGCAGCCAGCGGUGAACCGGGGCCCUCACCAUGAGUUCUUCGCCUGUUAAUGUCAAGAAGCUGAAGGUGUCGGAGCUGAAGGAGGAGCUCAAGAAGCGGCGCCUCUCCGACAAGGGCCUCAAGGCCGAUCUCAUGGAUCGCCUCCAGGCCGCGCUGGACAACGAGGCAGGAGGCCGCCCCGCCAUGGAGCCCGGGAACGGCAGCCUCGACCUGGGUGGCGAUGCGGCCGGGCGCUCGGGAGCAGGCCUAGAGCAGGAGGCCGCGGCCGGCGCCGAGGACGAGGAGGAGGAGGAGGGCAUCGCCGCGCUGGACGGCGACCAGAUGGAUCUGGGCGAGGAGAACGGGGCGGAGGGGGCGGCCGACGCGGGCGCGAUGGAGGAGGAGGAGGCGGCGUCGGAAGACGAGAACGGCGACGACCAGGGCUUCCAAGAGGGGGAGGACGAGCUCGGCGACGAGGAGGAGGGCGCGGGCGACGAGAACGGCCACGGGGAGCAGCAGCCCCAACCGCCGGCGGCGGCGCAGCAGCCCGCCCAGCAGCGCGGGGCAGGCAAGGAGGCCGCGGGCAAGAGCAGCGGCCCCACCUCGCUCUUCGCGGUGACGGUGGCGCCGCCCGGGGCGAGGCAGGGCCAACAGCAGGCGGGAGGAGACGGCAAAACAGAACAGAAAGGCGGAGAUAAAAAGAGAGGUGUCAAAAGACCUCGAGAAGAUCAUGGCCGAGGAUAUUUUGAGUAUAUUGAAGAAAACAAGUACAGCAGAGCCAAGUCUCCUCAGCCACCUGUUGAAGAAGAAGACGAACACUUCGAUGACACAGUGGUUUGUCUUGAUACUUAUAAUUGUGAUCUGCAUUUUAAAAUAUCAAGAGACCGCCUCAGUGCUUCUUCUCUUACUAUGGAGAGUUUUGCUUUUCUUUGGGCUGGAGGAAGAGCAUCUUACGGUGUGUCAAAGGGCAAAGUCUGUUUUGAGAUGAAGGUAACGGAGAAGAUCCCAGUCAGGCAUUUAUAUACAAAAGAUAUUGACAUCCAUGAAGUUCGGAUUGGCUGGUCACUAACCACAAGUGGAAUGUUGCUUGGUGAAGAAGAAUUUUCCUAUGGCUAUUCUCUGAAAGGAAUAAAAACCUGCAACUGCGAGACAGAAGAUUAUGGAGAGAAGUUUGAUGAAAAUGAUGUGAUUACAUGUUUUGCUAACUUUGAAACUGAUGAAGUUGAACUCUCCUAUGCAAAGAAUGGACAAGAUCUUGGUGUUGCCUUCAAGAUCAGUAAGGAAGUUCUGGCUGACCGGCCACUGUUCCCUCAUGUUCUCUGCCAUAACUGUGCAGUUGAAUUUAAUUUUGGUCAGAAGGAAAAGCCAUACUUUCCAAUACCUGAAGACUGUACGUUUAUCCAAAAUGUCCCCUUAGAGGACCGAGUUAGAGGGCCAAAGGGACCUGAAGAGAAGAAGGAUUGUGAAGUUGUGAUGAUGAUUGGCUUGCCAGGAGCUGGAAAAACUACCUGGGUUACUAAGCAUGCAGCUGAAAACCCUGGGAAGUAUAACAUUCUUGGAACAAAUACCAUUAUGGACAAAAUGAUGGUGGCAGGUUUUAAGAAGCAAAUGGCAGAUACUGGGAAACUGAACACACUGUUGCAGAGAGCCCCACAGUGUCUUGGAAAGUUUAUUGAGAUUGCUGCCCGCAAGAAGCGAAAUUUUAUUCUGGAUCAGACAAACGUGUCCGCUGCCGCCCAGAGGAGAAAAAUGUGCCUGUUCGCGGGCUUUCAGCGAAAAGCUGUGGUGGUGUGCCCAAAAGACGAGGACUAUAAGCAGAGGACGCAGAAGAAAGCAGAAGUAGAGGGGAAAGACCUACCAGAGCACGCGGUCCUCAAGAUGAAAGGAAACUUCACCCUGCCUGAGGUGGCUGAAUGUUUUGAUGAAAUAACCUAUGUUGAACUUCAGAAGGAAGAAGCCCAAAAGCUUUUGGAGCAAUAUAAAGAAGAAAGCAAAAAGGCACUCCCACCAGAAAAGAAGCAAAACACUGGCUCAAAGAAGAGCAAUAAAAAUAAGAGUGGCAAGAACCAGUUCAACAGAGGUGGUGGCCAUAGAGGGCGUGGAGGAUUCAAUAUGCGAGGUGGCAAUUUCAGAGGAGGAGCUCCUGGGAAUCGUGGUGGAUAUAAUAGGAGAGGCAACAUGCCACAGAGAGGUGGCGGUGGUGGAAGUGGUGGAAUUGGCUAUCCAUAUCCUCGUGGCCCUGUUUUCCCUGGAAGAGGUGGUUACUCAAACAGAGGGAAUUACAACAGAGGUGGAAUGCCCAACAGAGGGAACUAUAACCAGAAUUUCAGAGGACGAGGAAACAAUCGUGGCUACAAAAAUCAAUCUCAGGGCUACAACCAGUGGCAGCAGGGUUCUGUCCAUGUGAAUGUGCUGUGUGAAGAGUAAAAGGGGCCCAACUAAAUGUGUUCCAGUGAUUCUAAUAGCUAUUUAGCUGGUACCUACUGCUAUAUCACCUAGUAUGAAAUUUCGGGAUUAUCGGAACAAUGAAGGAAGCAGUGUACACAGAGGGCAUAGAAGGUAGGUAGAGUUUAAAAUUUUCAGUGUGAAAGUUGGGGUUGGGGUGGGCAUGCUGUCUUGCCUUUUUUUACUUAGUAAAUACAUAGCAGUGGAACUCAAGUUGUCAGGCCUGACAAAUGAAAAGUGUCACCUAGUACAGGAGACACAUCCAGACAUUCCAAGGAAAAUGAAAAAAGUUAGCAAAGAUUUCUGACAAGCAAAGAGAUUGUGUUAUUCAGCUGUCAUACUGUUUGGAUGGGAUGAUAGGUUGGAUUUGUGGAACAUUAGUAGUUGGCACCUGGGAUACAGAGGUAGCCUGGGCUACGGUGAAACUGUCAAAGUAUAAGAUAAAGUGUGUGCGUGUGUGUAUGUAUAAUAUACAUAUAUAUAAUGGUAUGUUCUGGGCAAGUCAAGGAAACUAAAUGCUUUGUGACUCUUUUUAUCCAGUUGCACUGCUGCGAAAAUGAACUUUGUAAGUAGUGAAGAUGUUACCAGCCAAGAGUUUCUCUUUCACGGUAAGAUACAAUUUGCAGUAUAAAGCUAGAAGGAACACAGAUCAAUUCAUUGUCAGUAAGUUUAAUCUGACAGCAUAACUACACAGUCCACAGCCAUUGACAAAUACUGCAAACUUCAUCUUUAUCAAUGGCUAAAUCCUUAGGUUGCUGCCGGGUGAAAACUUAGUUACACAGGUCUCUACACUCUGGCCUUCAUGGUGAAAGCAGUCUUUUCUGUUGAAGGACAGAUGGAGAAAAUAGUUUCAGGCAUUCUUCCUUUGACACACAGUCAUAGGACCAAUAGUGGAUAUAUCCUUGUUCAGGUAUAAUUUCUCCUUCUGUCCGACUUGCUUUAUUGCAUCCACAGAUAAUUAAGCUGAUUCAGAAAGGCUUUACUCCAUGGUUUUUGGCAUGGCGGUUUUAUGAUGUAUAAUAAACAUACUGUACUGGCAGUAAAGAACGAAAGGUUUUUGUGUAAGACAUACAGUCCAGAAACUUUAUUGAGAGCUUUUUUUUUUUUUUUUUUUUUUUAAAUUAUUGUACAGCAUUCAUUUGUGGUUGAUUACCAAGGAGUAGUUCUGCUUGGGUUAAAGCUCAAGAUUGUUCAGCUGCUGUUACUCUUGAUUUUUCUUUCAGGAUCAAGGUGGGUGCUUUCAUAUAAAAUCUUAUUUUUAAUUCCUUCUCUGGCAAUUCUUUCCUGUAUUCUUUGCUUAGCAAAAUUAUACCUACAAUGGCACCUUGAAAGAAAGAAUAUGAAAAAUAUGAAUAAUGACUACUUCCUUUCUGAACAACCUAAGGGGUUUUAAUUAUACAUUUCUAACAUAAAAAUGACUACCCCAAAACUAGAUUUAAAGGUGUUCUACCAGAAUACAAAUUCUUUUAAGUAACUUCAUAAAAUGUAAAUUUCUGUCACCUUAGAUUAAUGUGCUUGUUGUAAAACAAUAUUGUAGGAAUCUGGAUCUGUCUCACUUACUCAAAUCAAAAUGGAAUUGCACUCAUCUGUUAAAACAUUCAAUGGACGAUAGUGUACAUUAUGCCUUGCCACAGGGCAGAUUGCCAGCAAAAAUAAAAACUGGUGGUUUAUACUGGCAUCAGGAGGCAGAUGCCAGCCUAGUCCACAGAGAGACCCUGUGUCAAGUAUGUGCCACUCCACCAUCCGUCCUUUAAAAAAAAUAAUCAUUUGUUAGUUCAUAUCUCUGAAUGCUGUUCCUUAUCCUGACUUCCCUGGAAUACCCAGCUAACAUACCAGCAUCCUAAAGUCACCAGGAUAAAGCCUCCUACGCCAACAUCACAUGAUCUUCUAAUUCUACCUGUCAAUGACAAGGAUGGCCAGUCAGCAUAAUUACGUUCUGUGCAGAAAAUGUGUCACAACAGAAAUGUUUUAAUACUUAAAAAAUACUUUACUCACUGGUCACCAAGAAGUGUCCGAGUCCAGCCACAACAGACCCUAAUGAGCCAUAUAGCACAGAUUCUCGUGCACAUGGAAUAUUCUCAACAUCUAAAAUGCCCAGGAGCUUAAAGGGCUAGGAUAAAAUGGGAAAAAAAAGCCUAAAUUGAACAAGAAAAAUAACUUACAUUGAUGAUAACAAUGAUUUCCAUUCAAUUUUGAAUUAAAAUAACACUAUAAACAUAACCAUUUAUUAGACAGCUGACUUGGUACUUACUACUAAAUGGGUGUUCUAUUUCACUAUUUUGGGAAUCUACUCCAGCUGUGACUUUUAUUAAAAUCAGUGCCAGUAUGGGUGAAAUAAGUCAAAGGGUUGCACUUGAAAUGACCUGUAGGAUAAAGUGACCAAAUAGCUUUCAUAGUCUUAUAGGAUACCUAUCACUCAACGCUGGCUUGGGGGUGGGAGUCCAAACAGAUGUUAAGUUUGACAUUCUGUUAAUAUAAAUCUUAGCCAGACAUGGUGGUUUGAUGGUAAUGCCUGCAAUCAGGAAACUGCAGCCAGAAGAUAGCUGUGAAUUGGAGGAGGUCAGUCUGAGCUCCAGGAUGAAAAGUCUGAGAAGCAAGACUGCAACUUGGUAACUUAGCCACCUUGUGUUGGAUCCCAGCACUGGAAAACUUAAAUGUUUUCUACAAUGCCACUCUAUGCAGCUAGAGGAUGAUUGCAUAAGAGAUGGCAUCCUAUACUGGAAGUGAAAAAGUGAUGAGGGUGUGAAUUGCAGUAAAAGAGCAAGGCAGAGCCUGUAAAGAGCUGCAACUUUUCCUUCUUUGGCUCAAGGAUCUUCUUGAAGAUAAAAAUGUGACAACUUGUUUCUUAUUAAAGUAAAAUUGUGCUCUCCCA